UAUGGUCACAUGACAGUGGGCAAAUAGGCUUUGCGGAACCUGGAUCCUGUGUUUACAUACGUCAGGGAAAAAUUCACUUGGUCAACUGCAAACUGUCUGUGAAACAUGCCGAAGCCCUUCAUACUCGCCCUCAGCCUGUUACCAUGGAUCCCAGCCUUCCUCUGCAGGGUAACCACCAUGGGAGAAUAUUCAGUCCUGGAGGGAGAAUCCCUCAUAGUCCCGUGUCAUUAUGAGCCUCAGUAUGCCAGCUAUGUGAAAUACUGGUGCCAGGGGAGGAUGAGGGAGUUCUGCACCAGCUUAGCCCGUACAGAUGACACCCGUUCGGCCAAUCCAGUUGAGGACAAAGUGAGCAUUUUUGAUGACCCAGUCCAGCUGGUGUUCACUGUGACCAUGAACAACAUGAAGGAGGGGGAGUCUGGGUGGUACAUGUGUGGCGUGGAGGUAGGCGGUAUGUGGAGCGCUGAUGUUGUCACUUUCACUAACGUCAAGGUCAUUCAUGGUAUGUCAGUGGUGAACAGCCAAGUGAGUGGGGAGGAAGGGAGUAGCGUCACAGUCGAAUGCCUCUACAGUGAGAGAUACAGAGAAAGUGAGAAGAAGUGGUGUCGGAGUGGAGACUGGAGCUCCUGUGUGCUGACAGGUUCUGACGGGAGCUACGAAGACACUUCAGUGGCCAUCAGCGAUGACAGAACUAGGACUUUCACUAUAACCUUAAAGGACCUGCAGUUGAAAGAUACCGCCUGGUACUGGUGUUCUGCAGGACAGGAGAAGAUAGCUGUGCAUGUGGUGGUCACACCUCGUCCCUCGACAACAGCGGUGCCUACGACAUCCCCACCAACACCAACUCAGUCUGAUGCACACCUGCCCCCACCCAUAUCCAUCACCAUGGAGUCCUGGAACACUCACAGUCACAUCUUGGAGACCUUGGUGGUGUGUUCUUGUUUAAUACUCCUCGUGGGCAUGGCCAUACUGGUGAGAAAGUUGUGGAAACUGCACAAUCCUCCAUAUCCGGAGCAGGAUCCAGUGCUGGGAGAAGUUAAGUUCGAGAAAGGAAGGAUCAAUAAUUACUCAGGGGAUAUAGGUAAUUCUGCUGUCAUCUUCCCAAACAGGCGAUCCCAGGACGUACAUAUCGGCUGAGCCUAAUUAGCACAGUGUAUUGUUUCUCUUUGCAACUGAAUGUAAUUUUUGUGUUAGUUUACUGCACUAACGCAUGCUUUAUUUCCACUGUCUUCAUAACACCACAUUUAAAGACAUUAAUGAUGAUUUCUGCUUGCUACGCUACUUUCUAUAUGCAACUGGUACAGGUUGAAGAUCUUGUAGUCUCCUGUAAUACAAAUUUACAAAAAUAUAAUUAUGUGCACUUUGGUUAGAAGCAGUGCCGUAACUACCACUAAAGACACUGAGGUCAUGUCGGAGUUUACAUUUUUUGUUUAAAAAACGUACACAUGGCAUUUUUUAGGCCAGUUCCACAAUUUCUUGAUCGAGUAUAUUUAAAUUUAAAUAAAAAAUUUAAAAAAUACAAAAAUUAAGGGAAAAUAAAGUAGUAGUGCUGGAUUAUACAGGUCCAUUAUCUAAUGGAUCUACGGAAAAGAGACUAUGUUUGUUAUUGUAAUUUGAGUUUAACUUGGAAUAACUAAUUUUUGGCCACAAACAAGCACACACAAGUGACCUUUUCAGUCAGUAUGGCAAACUUUUUAGCUAAUCACACAUACAGCAGAUAUGAAGAAACAUUAUCUUUCAUUAGGAGUCGUGUUUGUGUCCCUCUGAUGAAUGUUAAUCCAUAUUGUCGACUCUUCUUUUAAACGUUGUCUGAUCUCCGCCAACUCCUGUGGGAAAUAUGUGGCUCUUUAGCGGCCGAAUGCUCCACUAUGUUUACUAACUUAGCAAAGUAGCUAACCAUGUCUGUCUGCCAUUUGGUGCGAGAGUAAAAAGCUGUAGGCCGUAAAACCACAACACAGUAAAAAAUACGCUACGAAGCUAGAAGUAGAGCUGAGGGGAAAAGUAUAGUGAUAGUGUGAUAUGUACAUUUUGUUUUCCAGAGGAAUAAGGUAGGUAAGUUAUCAAUCUGCACAGACCAAAAUACCUCUGGGCACAAAUGGAGGGACCUACAACCAAACAGCAAUGAAACAUGUGUUGAGCGCAUUUGGUACAUUAAACUUACCAAAUGUCAGAAGUAUGGCAAGCACACCUUUCUUAUUAAUAAAAGUUUAAAGACAUCAACAUCAACAAACAUCAACUCAUGACUCAGUAUCUAAAACCAUGGUUACGGCCCUGCUCGAAGUCUACAUAUUCACAGUAUGUAAUGAAUUGUAUUUUAAUUGUAUGAACAGUUAACACCAAUCAUGCUACUCAAGAAACAACAUACCCUUCAGGUGUAGUGACUACAAAGACCAUGAACACUGACUACAGCUGGUUUAAAGUUGGUGAAAGUUGUUCUCAGAUCCAAACUGCUGUUUGUUGCCUCUGAAUGUUGCAAAGAAAUUCUAAUGUGAAUUAAUAAUAUGUGCAAGAUGGUAAAUCUGUCUGCAUGGAAAGCCCGAGGGACUGACAGAAGCACAUUUUCAGUUUUGGUUGAUAUUUUAGUAGAACUAGACCGCUGUGUUUAUUUCAUAACAAGAUAACAAUGAUGGCUAAUUAUUAAAUUUAGGCAUGAAUACACUCUACAACUUGCGGAAGCAAAUUCAGAUACACAAACACUUGCGAGAUGUACUUAUUUUAAGAAAGAAGUGAGCAAACGAAGACAGAAACCAUUAGGAGGAGUUCACAAAUGAGAACAGCUCUACAUUUCAUGCUUGAACUGUCUGUUCUCGUACUGAAUCUCAAUUGACGUGUUAGAAUUGUAAAUUGAACAAGCUAAUGAGACCACCAAAACAGCAGUGGAACCAACUAGAGCUUAGAACUCUUAGUAAUAACUUUGUUUCACCUUCAUAUGAGGAAAGGCCAUUUUCUUGUUUGUGAAUGUUUGGAAAAAUAAAAUAUCAAAGCUUCA